GAUUGUCUAUUGCUAUUCAGGGAUUGGACGAGGAGGGCGGGUAGAGGGGCCAAGUCUCGGCAAGCCUCGGCUCACGGACUCGGGGAUACCUCUGUAGGGGUGGAGAUAAUAAAAUGGUAGUGACGUUCGCGGCUGUUUAUAGGUACAGGUAGGUACGGAUUGGCAAUCGCUUUGCCAGCGUAAAAUCCGCAAUCUCCAAUCUCCAAUUUGUUUUCAACUUUCUGGUCCUAGUCUUGUUCUUUACCUGGGGUAAUCUAACCCUUAGCCAACACCCCUCAUCGUCAUCCGCGCGACCGAAACCUGCCAAAAAAUUACCGGUCAUGUACUACUAAUGAUUUUUCUUCUUUCUUCCAAGUCUGUUGUAUUCUGCCGGGACAUCCAGUCGAUGGCGCAGUGAUGCCAUCGGCUCCCUCGAAUUAUGUCUCGAUGUCCGAGUUGCCACCCGAAAGAGAAGGAAACGCGAGCGCUAUUCUCGACAAGAUGGACGGAGUAGUCAGAAAGGCUGGCAACGUUGUCGCGGGCAAAGGCGCAACGACGCACAAUGCAAAUCCGGACUCAAUCGGCGAUGACGCAUCACCGGUAGCAGCAAAGGGAAAGCAGCCGGACAAGCAUAGCAUGGAUUACGUGCUUCGUUCUGGUAUUGCGGGCGGUCUUGCAGGGUGUGCUGCUAAAACCACCGUCGCGCCUCUCGACCGAGUCAAAAUCCUUUUCCAAACCAGAAAUCCGCAGUUCGUAAAAUACCAGGGUUCGUGGACCGGCUUCGGGUUGGCGAUUCGUGAUAUCUAUGCAAAUGAUGGAGUAUUGGGUUUAUUCCGCGGGCAUUCGGCGACUCUUUUAAAGAUUUACCCCUACGCCGCCAUAAAAUUUGUCGCAUAUGAACAAUAUCGUGCUAUGAUCAUUGGGUCAAAUCGGCAGAACGAAACGUGGUUCCGACGGUUCUCGUCCGGUGCACUUGCCGGUGUAUCGUCCGUCUUUCUUACCUAUCCGCUAGAAAUCAUCCGUGUACGAUUAGCCUUCGAGACGAAGCACAGACGUAUCUCCCUCGCCGGUAUUUGCAAACAGAUCUACCGAGAACAACCACUUCCGAAACAAAAUGUCCCGAAACCCGUUGCCGAAGCUACGAUAUCUCCCGUAGAGGUAGUAGCACCUCGUUCUGGCCUUAUCAAUUUCUACAGAGGCUUCUCGACGACUAUGUUGGGUAUGGUGCCAUACGCUGGCGUAUCCUUCUUGACACAUGACACCGCGGGCGAUUUCUUCCGGUUACCAUCCAUUCGAAAAUACACCACCCUACCUAAACCCGCCAAUGCCCCCGCCGACAAGCCAGCGCCGCUUCAAGCUUGGGCCGAGCUAAUAGCCGGAGGAGUCUCGGGCGUAGUAUCACAGACAGUAGCUUACCCACUCGAAGUCAUAAGGCGGCGAAUGCAAGUAAGCGGUGCUGUUGGAGACGGUCACCGUCUUCGGAUAGGGGAGACGGCGAGCCUUAUCUUCAAAGAACGCGGACUUCCGGGUUUCUUUGUGGGAUUGUCGAUUGGUUACUUAAAAGUGAUGCCUUUGGCGGCUGUAAGUUUCUAUACUUAUGAGCGAUUAAAGAUACUGUUCAACAUAUAGGAAUUGCGACGGCAACAUGGGAGUGUAGGCGUUUACGGUAUUAUACCUCCUAGGGGUUAUCUAGGUAGUAAAGGCAUAGCAUGAGUACUAGGUAGAAGCUUGACUCGCGGUUAUCAGAGGAUUAGAAUCUACAGGAUUGGAUACAUGGGCUAUGAAGCAUGACAUAGAGAGAGAAGUACAUAUCAUUUACACUGACCAUUGGCGACUCCAUCUUUGCGUUUACAAAUUCGAACUGGACAUCGAUCAUAUGACACUUAGCAUGACAAUUCUGAUAUAAUAUGAUAUUUACUCCAUUUCACAUAGCC